AUGGACCUCGACGAGCUCGUCAUUGACAACAACUAUGUGCUCGGAGGCUCGGAUGACGAGCGCGAGCGCGAGCAGAAUGCGCUCCUCCACCAGCAGCUGGAGCGGCGCAACCGCAUGCGCUCGAUGGCCGUGCCGACCGAUGACAGCAAGGUGCGAGAGCGGCUGCGCGCGUACGGCGAGCCGAUCACGUUGUUCGGUGAGGGCCCAGGGGACCGCCGCGACCGACUCAAGACGGUGCAGGAGCGCUAUGAAGUGAUGAAGGGGCGUCCGCUGGCGAUCGACAGCGACGGCGAGAGCAGCGAUAGCGAUGAGGGCGAGUUUUACACUGAGGGCAGCAACGAACUUCUGCAGGCACGCAGGAAUAUUGCGCGAUAUUCGCUCGUUCGCGCGAAGCGGCGCAUCGCGCGGCAGCGCGUCGAGAGCAGUGUGCCUCUGAGUCGCAUCAUCAACAUUCGCAAAGAGGUGUUCUCUGAGCUCCAAACAUUCCAGAACCUCGGCUCGCAGUUCGGCGACGACCGCCCACUGUCCACCAUCCGCUUCUCGCCGAACUCGAAGCUCAUCCUGACUACAAGCUGGACGGGCACGAGCAAGGUGUGGGACCUGCCGAACUUGAACCAGGUCGCUGUGAGGCGCGGGCACGCUGAGAAGAUCUCGGGUGCCGCAUGGCACCCUGACGCGACCCUCGGCCUCUCAGACAGCGCGGCCAACUUUGCCACUGGCGGUGCGGAGGGAGACGUCAAGCUGUGGUCCAUGGACGCGGAGAAGCCCAUCGCCACGCUGUCGGGGCACACGAACCGCGUGGGCCGCGUCGAGUUCCACCCAUCGGGCGCGUACCUCGCCUCGGCGGGGUUCGAUGGGACAUGGCGGUUGUGGGAUGUGGCGACGCAUAAGGAGCUGCUUGUGCAGGAAGGUCACAGCAAAGAGGUGAUGGCUCUGGCGUUCCAGGACGACGGCGCGUUGGUCGCAUCAGGUGGCUUCGACGCCAUCGGGCGCGUGUGGGACACGCGUACCGGGCGCACAGCGAUGGUACUCGACGGACAUGUCAAGGAGAUCCUCAGCAUGGACUUUGCGCCCAACGGGUUCCAAGUGGCAACCGGCUCUGGAGAUAACACUGUGCGCAUCUGGGACUUGCGCGCACUGCGCACGCAGCACGCCAUCCCGGCACACAAGAGCAGCGUGUCUGACGUGCGCUUCUUCCGCGCGACCGGCGAGAACCCGUUCGUCGCGCUCGGUGCGGAACAAUUGGGUGGAGAGGAGAACGGACACGCGAACGGCAGCGAGAUGGACGUCGACGGCGAAGAAAAGGAGAAGGAGGAGAAGGAGGAGGAGCCAAAACCCGAGACACCUCUCCCCCGAUCCGGCCUCUUCCUCGUGACGGGCGGGUUUGACGGACACGUGCGCAUGUGGAGCGCCGACGAAUGGGCACCGGUGCGCGACCUGGCCACAGACGCGGGCAAGGUGAUGAGCGCGGACGUCAGUGGCGACGGGCGUUUCAUCGCCAGCGCGAGCUACUCGCGCAGUUUCCACCUGUUUGGCGGCGACCAUUCGUUGAAGCUUGAGCUUGCCGAGGCCCAGAAACUCUGGGAUACUGUCGCAUUCGGCGAUUUCGCAGAACAACACGCCACCCUGGUGCUGGAAGCGCAGAGGCUCACCAGGCUCAUCGACACGUGUCCUAUCACUGGCGACACUGAGACUCUCUUGGACACAGACGCGCUUGGAGUAGACUCGGACAAGGACCCUAUCGACACGUACGUCACCGAUACGCUUGUGCGAGACGCAGAGGCCUGGAGAGAUCUCAGCAUGGAGUUGAACGGUGGGCUCGAGGCGGAUACCGACACAGUCAUGGACAGCCGGGAAGAGUUUGAGGAUGGCGACUGUGGUCCCAGCCCCGCAGUAGCCACACACUUGACCGACGACCCGACGGACGUGGACGACAGCAACGCACAUGGGGAUGAAGGGGACAGGCUGCGCGUAAACGACCGCGACGAUGAUGCCGUCUGUAGUUUCGGCGGGAGCUCGACGUUUAACAUAGAGUUGCCCCUCCUUCACCACAUUCCAACCCCUCCCUCGCCACGGCCGAGUCAAACGGAACACCUUGGCGCUGCUCUCCCACCCGACACGCCGCUCCCACCCGACACGCCGCCCCCACCCACGCCAAGUCUCCGCCCAAUGGAUCUCGGCAUGUUGGUUGCUCUACCGCAAACCAUAACCCCUCCACAUGGACCCAAUGCGCUCAUGGCCGGGCAGGGCACUAGCCCCACGGAAUUCGGCAUUGUCGCGUUGGGCGGCGACGACGACGGCAGCGACGACGACCACAGGGCGAUCGGCCCUGGUCUGCAUCCCAUUAGCAUGUCGUCGUCGCGCCCAUCGACGAAGCGUUCGUUGUCUUCCACGGAACCGCGUAGGAGGAUAUCCUCGCGUCGCUUGCCGAGAGGGCCACUUCCUUCCCUGCUUCUGCCACCGAUCAAGCUCCCCCCUCCGUAUGAUGCCGCCCCGGAACCCAGAUCACCCACCUACUGGACAUCGUUGGUACAGUCUAAAUCCCCCAAGAUCUCCGCCGCGCCAAUGGAGCGCAGUACUGCCCAGCAGGAGAGCAUGAGGGAUCCCCAGGCCUCUUCUUCGCCGUCUGAAAAGCUGCCCAUCGGCUUCCUUCCCUACGGUAGGUCCAAGACACCGGCAACAAAGACUCUACAGCGAACCCAUCGUCGGGAAUCCAUCCCGAUCAGCCCCAAGACCUGUGCUAAGAUUGUGGUUAGCACAAUGUACGCGCGCAACCUCCGUGACCGCAAUUGGCCCAUCGCUGUGUGCAUCGACACUGGAGAAGACGGCAAGUACAAAGGAUAUUUCGCUCCGUGUGCGACCCUGGGCCUCAGUCACUUUGUCUUCCCGGGCUGGUCCCAUCUCGAGGUGGUGAUAUUCCACGAUGCGCAUAUUGCGCUCCUGCGCGGCUCGGGGAGGGCUCGCCUCUUCCUCCCCUGCGUCGAGUACAUCCUCGCAUUUGGGCCGAACCCUCCUGAGACGGAAGAACCGUGGGAAAACAUGGCCCAGAUCGUUGGAAGCCUGAUCCGUGUAUUUGAGCAACGCGAGGUCAGCCGCGUCCAGGUAAUCAUUCCUUUUGAUGCGUGUGGUACGCUCCUCCCAACCUUGGCGUGUGCAAAGCCUGGGACGACCUCUAUGUCACCAAGGAGCCAUGACUUGCCCUCCAUGGCUCGGCACUUGAUACUGGGCGACAGGUCAACGGAUGUCGAGAUCGACUUUCUCCCCGUUGAGUUGUUCAAAACCGGCUGCCCAUCCUGCGGCCACCAUUGGAUCAGGACCUCCUUUUGA